GUGGGUGUGUGUGUGAAAAAGGAGAGACGCCAAAAAAAAGGAAAGAAGGAAACGGCAAAGGCGCAAUCUAGUAACAAAUUUUUUUCUGUGAGCCAAGAUUUAGUGCAUUUUUCGCACACUGCACACUCUCAACUCUGAAAGACGAGAAGAAACCCCAACAAGUACAAAAAAAAAAAAAAACAGGGCUCCAAAGAAUUAAGGCAGCGCAGCUAGCGUCGACGUCGGCUGCAGUGGGCCAACGUUGUUGUUAUUGUUGCAGCAGCAUUCGGAGGAGCGAAAAGGAUAGAGAGACAGAGCAGCAGCAGCAGCAGCAGCAAAUAGCACAAACAACAAAAACACUGAGAACACACUUUACACGAAGACGCACCUGGUAGCACCAGUACAAAUCCCGAAACUAACACAGACCCCAUCAACAAAAAUCCCUUGCUGUGCAUUUCUGACGGAAGGAACCAGAGACGAGAGAUAUUUAAAAUCGCACAGUCAGCAACUAUGGAAGUAGAAUCGAAUAACAAACGCGCCACCAACGGGCGGCACUCUGCCUCGCCGGAGGGAUCCGAUUCCAAGGAGAGUUCCGUGGAACGCGAGCUCAACGGCGAGAUCCAGGCGGUGGAGCUAAACGGAAGUGGAAGUCACGCCAACGGGCACAUCAAAAAGCCGCUGCCAGUCGAGGAUGGCAGGAUCAAGCGCAAGGCCAAGCGGCUCAUCCAAAGACAGAACAGCGGCAGUGGUGGAGGUGGAUCUCCCAGCCAGACCAAUGGGAACGGGGCCGCUGCCAGUUCCACUCUGGUCGGUAAUGGCAUACUGGCCACUCCUGGGGGCUAUGUGGUGCCCCAUCGCCGCUGGAAGAACAGCCGCCGUUCGAGAAACCUGAACCGUGGACGCGGUCUACCCAAGAAGGGCGGCGCCGGCGGCAAAGGCGUUUGGGGAUUGCCCGGUUCCGAGGUUCUGGCCGAGGUCUACGAGGACGAGAACGAUCCCAACUAUGACAGCGAGUGCAACGAUCGGAAUGUGGAGUUGCGCGAAGUGAUCACAGAGAUAACUCCCGCGGAGUUCUUCAAGCUGGCGGAACCGAUCGUUCUGGAGUACUUUGAGCACGGGGACACACACGAGGUGGCCGUUAGUUUCGAUGAGAUAUUGCAGGGACCGUUGCGCGAGCACAUCACCAGCAUCCUGGUCGAGAUUUCCAUGGAUCACAAGGACUCGCAGCGCGAGAUGACCUCCGUUCUGAUCUCGGAUCUGUAUGGACGCGUCAUCACCGGCAAGGACAUCGAGAAGGGCUUUAAUAUUCUACUAUCAAAUUUACCGGAUCUCAUCCUGGACACCCCAGAGGCGCCCAUCAUUCUGGGCAACUUUAUGGCCCGCGCCGUGGCCGACGAUUGCAUUCCCCCGAAGUUUGUGGCCAAGUCGACGGCUGAUCUGGAGCUAUUGGAGCUCGGUGAGCAUGCCGAGCAGGCGCUCCGUCGCGCCGAUUCGCUGCUCCACAAGCAGGGCUGGGCCCACCUCGACAACGUUUGGGGCAUGGGCGGACCGUUGCGUCCCGUCAAGACCAUUACCAAGCAGAUGGAGCUGCUGCUGAAGGAGUACCAAUCGUCCCGUGAUGUGGCCGAGGCGCAGCGUUGCCUCCGCGCCCUCGAGGUGCCCCACUACCAUCACGAGCUCGUCUACGAGGCCAUUGUCAUGACACUGGAGUCCCUUAGCCAGACCACCGAGGAGGCCAUGUGUGAGCUGCUCAAGCAGCUGGAUCUCACCUGCCUGGUGCUGCCCGCCGGCAUGGAGCAGGGCUUCAUGCGCGUCUUUGAUGACAUGGCUGAUAUUGUCUUGGAUGUACCACUGGCGUAUAUCAUACUUGACCGUUUCGUGGAGCGUUGCAAUCGCGCUGGAUUCCUUACUGACAAGAUCAUCAACAAUAUGCCAUCGCGCGGGCGCAAGCGUUUCGUCUCGGAGGGUGAUGGAGGACACGUGAAGCCGGCCACUCUGCCAAUGCGCGACUAAAAAAAAAAAAAACCAAUCA